UCGCUCUCGCUGCUGCAGCCCAGAUCGCAUCUGCCGCAACCUGCACGAUGAUUCUCGAAUACGGCGACGUCAUCAUCGACAAGGAGGAUUUCGACCUCCUCGAAGAGGGUCAAUGGCUCAACGAUACCAUUAUCCAGUUCUACUACGAAUAUCUCGAGCUGCAGGUUCACAAGAACAACCCGCACGUCGAGUUUCUGCGGCCGUCGAUUGUCCAUCUCGUCACCAACACGCAGGAUCCCACUUCUCUCCAGUCAGCCCUUCCGAAAGAUCUGGCCAAGAAGAACAUUGUGUUCCUGCCCAUCAACGACUCGGAUGGCACCACAAACAGCAUUAGCGGAUCGCACUGGUCGCUGCUCGUCUUCUAUCGGCCAACAAACAGCUUCUAUUACUAUGACUCGCUUGGCCGGUACAAUUUGUCGGCGGCCAAGCUGACAAAGGACAAAUUCGCCCCGCUCCUCGUUCCGCGACUGUUGAACAAGUUCGAGCAAGUCUCGCAUUUUGCCCAAGUCGAGACGCCCAUCCAAGUCAAUGGGUACGAUUGCGGAUGCUAUACCAUCGCCAUCACGGAGAUACUGGCGGACCGACUCACAGGCGCAAUCACGAGCGAGCUGACGCUGAAGCCCGGCGAUUUGAGUCUCUUUCGGCUCAAAUCACUGUUGACGCCGGUUGCAGUCGCCCAGAAGCGAUGGGCCAUCAAGGACAUGAUCUUGGGCCUGGCUGAUCUGGCACGCAAGAAAAGCCUGAUGGCAAGACAUCGAUAGAUCGAUGCAAAACAGAUACCGAGGCAAUUGGGACAUAAAUUCGACAGAAACGCAGUAGUUCGGCCCUGCUGCUGGGCAGAUUCCUGUUCGCUUUUGUCAAAUGAAGUGAGCCGGAUACGGCAACGGCCAUAGAUUGUCUUGCCCGCUUAACUCAGACGUUUGCAUAUACUAAGUAUAUAUACGUUCUACGUAUUGGAUGCGAGCAUCAUCCUCUUGUUGAAUUCACGCAUUCAUCGCAGUUCUUGCCUGUGACGAGUAGGCUCGCACUUAUUGCUCGUGGAGGAUU